AUGAAUGCAAAGCAAGCGGUGGCAACUGUGGAUUUCAAAAUAAAGAGUUCUGGUGCUUUUGCCCCAAUGAACCCAGUCGCUAAAUAUGCCCUGCUGUUUCUGCUGCGGAAAGAAGUCCGCUUUUAUGAUGUUAUUAUCAGACUAAAAUUCUGUUUUGUUUCUCAUGAUUUUGUGGCAGGGAGUACUCUAAAUCCGAAAAGUCAGCUUGCAAUAGCUGUUGUCUCAAGCUUUAUGUUCGUGGUUACAUUAGUGGCAAUUCUUGUGUACUACUUGAGAAGGAAAUCAUCACCAAAUGGAUUGUUACCAUUUUGGAAGAAAAAAACAAAAGAAAUUCACAACCUUGAGGAUUUUCUAAGAAAUUACGGAUCCCUGGCCCCCAAAAGAUAUAGUUAUUCAGAUGUCAAGAAAAUAACAAAUUUGUUUCAAGAAAAAUUGGGUCAAGGUGGUUUCGGUGGAGUAUUCAAAGGGAAGCUACCAGAUGGUCGUUUGGUUGCAGUGAAAGUCCUAAAUGCCUCUAAAGGUCAUAAUGGAGAAGACUUUAUAAAUGAAGUUGCAAGCAUUAGUAAGACUUCCCAUGUUCAUAUUGUCACUUUAUUGGGUUUUUGUUUUGAUGGAUCCAAAAGAGCACUUAUCUAUGAGUUCAUGUCCAAUGGAUCUCUUGAGAAGUUCAUCCACACCAAGAGAUCAAUGAAAACAUACCCUCACCUUGGUUGGGACAAACUACUUCAAAUUGCAGUUGGCAUUGCUCAAGGAUUAGAAUAUUUACAUCGUGGUUGUAAUACUCGAAUUUUGCAUUUUGACAUAAAACCUCAUAAUAUUCUUUUGGAUGAAGACUUUUGUCCAAAGAUAUCUGACUUUGGUCUUGCUAAACUAUGCCCUAGAAAGGAUAGUAUCAUUUCUAUGGCAGAUGCUAGAGGGACUAUAGGAUAUAUUGCACCCGAAGUAUUCUCUCGAAACUUUGGAGGGGUUUCACACAAGUCAGAUGUCUAUAGCUAUGGAAUGAUGGUACUAGAAAUGGUUGGAGGACGAAGGAAUAUCGAUGUAGGAGUUGAUCACACUAGUGAGAUUUAUUUUCCACAUUGGAUAUAUAAGCAUAUUGGAGAAGGUGAACACUUACAGUUAGACAUGGUUAUAAAGGAAGAGGAUGAAGUAAUAGCCAAGAAGAUGGUUUUAGUGGGUUUAUGGUGCAUACAGAUGGAUCCAAUAAAUCGACCACCAAUCAGCAAAGUGGUGGAUAUGUUAGAAGGAAACCUUGAAUCUUUGCCAAUUCCUCCCAAGCCUUACUUAUCAUCUCCUCCAAGACAACAACUAGCUGAUUCUUUUACCACAUCAAUUUCUUAA